GCCUCACCCACCCACAACUUGUUGAACUUUGGCGGGAAGGAGACCAGCUCUACCUUAAGUGAUAUCUCAUGAAUAUACAACAACAAGAUGGUUAAGUGGGAGGCUCUGGAUGCUGAGUGUGAUGAUGAGACGCGUCAGGCUGAUGACCUUGGUUCAUUAGCUUCCUUAUAUGAGGUGGUCAAGUUAGCUUACCUGCAGCCUAAUGAUGAGGUCAUUGGGUUACCCCAGUUAUAUGGCAGUGCUGCCUGGGGUCAUGUUGCUGUGGUACUUGACUGUACCAUAUUUGUUUUUGGGGAAGGAUGUUCUUCUCUUAUCAUGCAACUGGCUUUAGAUGUCCCCAUAGACCUGGCACUCUGGAUCCCUCAAGGGGAGUUUCUCAUCUUAGGAGACAAUACUGGUGGUGUCCACUGUGUCCAUGUGCAGUCACAGAGAGUCUUGAUCACUAAACAUCUGCCACUGAAGACGACUGGUGUUAGGCUCUUUGUUGGGGGAGAGUGCAGGCAGUCAGAGGAUGGUAUGGUGUCAGCCUCCCUGGUCACUACCCACGGUGAAGUCGUCAGAUGGGAAAACAUUGAUUCAGAGGCUGUGUGUGACAGUCUACGUGUGGGUGAUAAAGAAAACCUGAAAGCUCUUGAGGCACAGAUGACCCUUGCAGUUGAUGAUAUUGAUCUGGGCGGUUCAGAGGUAACAACUGCAGAAUGCAUUAAUGAUAAUUCCUGGGUCUGGUGUGGUGGCAAGUUGGGGCCAACAUUGUGGAUCUCUUCAAGCCUCCAUGAUCCUUCUCAGUCACUUACCUGGCAGUUCCCACACAACCCAGACUGCUUUCGGGUCAUCCCGGUGUUUGACAGUAGAUACGUCGUGACAUUGGACUCUGCAGGUAAACUUACAGUGCUUUGUGGUGUAACUGGAAUAACUGUGUGGGAAGUGGGGAGUGAUGAGCCGCCAGUGCUGGACGUAUCACUCCUCCAGGGCGAUGACCAUAAUAUCCAGCUCCUCCUCCUGCUCAGAAACCCCGACUCUGGCGGUUGUUUGCUCCGUAUUGUGUCUUUUCCAGGAUUUGUGACCGUUUAUGAGUUGAGUGUUAACAGGGAUACAAAUCUGGUAAAGAUUGGAGAAGGAGCAGAGUCCAUACUGUUCUUAGAGCCAGACAUGAGCCCUGUGACCUGUGUUACUUCAAGCCUUAAACUUAAAAGCAUAGUGGAUGGUGUUCCUGAAGCAAGACUGGCCAAACUCUUGAUGAAGCGCAAAUUCAAGGAGGCUGAGGAUUUUUGUGGCAGAUUUAGGUUGAACAUCCAGGACGUCCAUAAGGCCCGGGCCAAGUUUUUGUGUGACAUGAUGAACCCCUGGAUCACCUCGGCUCAAAAUAUGUCUGUGAUUGAGAUUGAAGGAAGUGGAAGACAAACUGAAGAGCUGUUGGCAACACUAGGAAAGAUCCAGGAUUCAGAAUUUGUGACUUCACUCUGCAUUCAGGCUUCUUUACCUGACUUGGUUACUACGAAGAUGGUUCUCAACUAUGCAAAAGGACGACUUGUAAAUUCAAUUAAGUCAGAAGAAGGUGACCAGUUGAGCAAUCUGAUGCAGCGAGUGAGUGAGACCACCUACCGUCUCCAGACAUUUGAGAACAUCUUUCCGUCCUCAGAUAUUCAGCACUGGCUUGUCUUCUCCUCCUCAGAUAUGCUGGUGGAGUUUGUUGAACACUUGGGCAGGGGGAACUUGGAUUCUGCAUCAACGUUGUGGCAUCGACAUCAGUACGAGUUUAGCCACCAGGUAGACCAACUGUGUGUUUCUCAGAUCUUGGAUGCAUUUCCGCAUAAUGUACCUUCAUCAGUACUCUGCAACUGGCUGCCAAAGAAUGUGCUAUCUGACUUGGUGAAGUUCUGUCCCAGCUCAAUGGAGAUCAUUGCCACCUGGGGAGACAACAGAGUCAAGAGGCUGGAAGUCCUGGAGAGAAGUGCUUGGCCUUCCAAUGGACUAACACUUGCCAAUACCAUUAUAUCAGUGUUAGAAAAUGUGGCUGCUGACUUCCAGGCGGGUGGCAACAUUGAAGUACAGAUGGCAGUGCACGUUGCUCAGUGGAAGGCUCACUCCCCAUCUUCUGCUCUGUACCACCUUCGACAAACAGCUCUUGCACUUCAGGAUCUGCAACUCCUAGCAAAUAAAUUUAGAAUCAAGAUAGAAUUCAAUCAGUAUAUACAGGCAAGUACUGAAAACAAAGAGGCAGUUGUAGCAGCUUUACUGGACUGGUUAGUGUGUGGUGAAGAAGUCUCCCCCUUAAUGGAUGACUUUGUACGGUCAUACUUGAUACGUCAUGAGCUGGAUUAUGAUGGUACUCUGGCACGCUAUGUUCUGGACACUUUGGCCUCUGCUUUCCAAGAUUGGUGGGCCUGGCAAGAGGCACCAUGGGAAGAUAAGCUGUAUGCUGUCAUAAAUAUUAUGUCUGAUGCUCAGAUUCGUGCCCAGUGUAUUGUGGAGUGUGUACGUGUUGCUCCUGUACCAUGGAGUGAGGGAACACAUGCCAUGUGUAAGCUGGGACUAUCCCUCAAUACCUCUCUUAGUACUCAACUUGAGGAUCAGAGGCGCUUAGUAGAUCUAAAGUUGGUAUUACGAAGAUAUUCUCUCCAUCUUACCAAAAUUGAUGAUCCACGGAAUUCUGUGAUGAUGUUACAAAAUAUUUUAUCCCAUGAUGAAAAGGAAGCCAUGGAUGAUGCACUAUGUGUGGUUGCAACGUACAAACAUCUCUCUCGUGUUGAUGCGUAUUUUACCCGGGCCAUUUAUCUUCUGAACACGAGAAAUGUGGAGGGAGUGAAGACGCUUCUCCACGGAUUAAAGGACUCUCUACAAAAGCAGACUUGUCAGAAGUUGAUUAUUUACUUCACUCAAAAACUUUUAUUUUCUCCAAGUGGUCAGAAGGAACAGGAGUCUUAUAAAGCUGUGACUGGGGGUAUGGUGGCCCUUGAAAGUAUCUUAAAGAAAUGGCACCAUAAGACUGGCACUCCAUCUGAUGAAGAUUUUUUCACAACUAUUCACAAUCUUCACACCAUGCAGGAAAAGUAUGAUAUUUACCCAACACUGAGGGAGCUGGAAGACAAAACCUGUUGCUAUAAAAUUCUUAAGGAUAAAGUAAGUGAUUGGUACAAGGAAUAUGGCCUUGUAUGGGAUACUGAAGAGCAAGCCAUAGACACCAGAAGUUGUGACCCAGUAGUGACAGACACCAAAAGGCCUGAUGUCAACAAGGAAGAGAAAGACACCAGUAGAGGGUUAAACCAUAUGCAGCAGCUUGCCUUCCUCUUAGAUGUACCCAGAGGUGAUUUAUUUUCCCUCUUGGCAUCAUUAGCUGCUAAGAACGGUAAAUUGAAAGAAGCCGUUCAUGUGUGUAGAGAGAUCAUAGCAGAUCCAACUGUGUUAGAUUGCACUGAAGUUGGAUAUGAGAUAGUCAAGCUAUUGGUUGAACAACUAAACAUAGAAUUAAUAAGUCACAAUGAAUCUUCAUCCCCGAAUUCCACUGCGUUGCAAGAGAGGACUGCCAGCGUCAAGUCCCGGGCUGACCUUAUCGGUGUUAUUCAUGAAAUUGUGGGUUUAGCCUUGACAUCUGCACAUCCAGACCUUCUGGAACCAUUGCUGGAAUUGGGAACAUGGUGCCAGCUGGGCCAGACUUUAUAUUCUCAGUGCCAUGUAGAAAGUAUUUAUACCAAGUCCAGUGCUGUAGAGAGUUGUAAUCCCUACAGUAUCUGGAAGUUCAGUCCUUUGUUCCAUGAUGCUAGUAUGCCUAUAGAAGAUGGCUUAGUCACUUCAUUAAUGACACACUCCAUGGAGGCCUGUUUGAAUUCCCAGCUUCCUCAGGCUAGAACUUUGUCUCUCCCUUAUCUAGGCAACGGAGAGAAGGGAGCAUAUUUGUUGGAGAACGGUUCUUUAAAUAACAGCUUACAGGACCUCAUUAGUCAUCUUCGUGAACGUGGUCAGGACUUACUUGCUCUUAACUUGAGUUUGCUGCUGUUUCAGAACCACAUUAUAUCGGGUACCCAAUCACUAGUGGCAGGAUGCUUACCUGACUGGCAACAGGUGUUUACUAUACUGUUAAAAGUUAUUGGUAGUACAAGGCCAGAUGUCAUUCUGGCUGUCAGCCUGCUUGUACUCCUAACUAAAAAGGAUGCUUUGAAAGUACAAAAUGAGCUCAUUAAAAGAUUUGGAAUUGAUUAUACCCGGCUCAUUUCUGUUGCUACUGUAGGAAGAGACUAUUGCACAUUACAUAAAUUAACAGAGGUCAAGGAACAAUUUGAUUUGUUGCUAAAGAGAGUUCUUUGGGGAAAGCGUUUGGGUGAUAUGAACGUGUCCUUCAAGGAAGCCUUCAAAGGAGAUGUUACAGCUCUGAAAAAAGUUAUGGUUGACUUUGUGUCACAUUCAGAGUGUUCUUUCUCCCUGUUGUAUGAUUAUUGUAAAGAUUUCAAUUUAGACGUGACUGAUGCUUUACUUCUCUACCUGAGGACCACACUACAAUCUUGGACGCCGGAGGUGCCCAGUGAAGAGUUUCCGUCGGGUGGAAUAAUUAAAGUUGAACCUCCACGUACUGUGAUAUCUAAGUGCCAGACUAUUAUUGCCGAGAUUAGCAACAAGACCCUGUUGUAUAAGAUGCUUCAAACAAAGCUAAAUUUGCUCAGUCCUUACAACUAUGAACUAAUUGAACUUGUAGUACAACAACUAAUACUCCUUGAGCAAGAUUCUCAGGAAUUAAGUUUAUUGAAGCGUGGAUUAGAUGUGAUCAAUUUCCUUGGAGUGUACAUAAGGCAGGCUCCUCCAAGUGAUUUUGAGGUGGAUGAAUGGGUCUCAUCCCAUCCUCAAAGUCUGGGACCUCCUGAUAUAUCUAAACACCGUCUUCCUUUUCAUGAGCUCUUUAGGCGAAGCAAAUAUCUGAUGAAAAUAAUUGAACCAGAACUAAAUGUAUCGACUGUAGAUACAUGGCUUCAAGCUUCUCAUACCUUAAAAUUAAACCCAGAUCAGUUGUGUCUGAUAGCCACUCAGAAUACUGUCUCCAAAGCUUUAGAACGAGAAUCUCCUGAAAAAUCAGAGGUCAGUACUGGAGCUUCAGAGUCAAACAAUCUGAAAAACUCCCCAUGGCAGGUGUGCAGUAGCAACAGUGCUCUGUUAACGUGUGUCCGUAGAGUGGUGAGCAAAAUACAACAUGGCGAAUUGGCAACUGCCUGUGCCAACUGGGUCGUUAAUAGACUUCCUCCGGGGGCUGAUAAAGUGGAAGCGGCCGAGAAGAGUAAACUUCUGGCUAAACAGUGGCAAGAAAACAGUCCAGAUCCUAAGGCAGCCGAGGCCUAUUUACGCAUGAGUAAUCGAUACGAACAGCUGGCUAUCGAGCAUGCGUUACAUAAGCAUUCUCUGGGUGAACCCCAGUACCUGGCACUAACUCGCACGCCGGUGGAACUCGUCUUUGCCCUAUACCAACAUCCCUCCUUGGACUCCUUAGCAACUCUUGGUACUCACACCAUGCCGGACAUCAAUGGCUGUGUCUCGGAUAUCUGCAGCAUUACUGACUGUAAUCAAGUGUUGAUUCAGCUGGAUUUAGUGGAGAAGUGGCUCCCACCACCAGAGGAUGAUCACGGACUUGGGUCAGAGGAGACAGUCACCAAUUUCAAGAUUGCUCUGGAUCCUUCCUCAGCCAUUGAUGAAGACCCUGCUGAUGAUGCUUCACUCUCAAGAGUGAUAUAUCUUCUGCGAUGCUGCCCCCAAAAUGAAGCUGUGAGCUACCUUCUGAACCGAGCCCUGAGUGAGGACACAAGCUUUUCUGCCGCCUACCGUCUUAGGGCGCUGCGUUGUGUGCUAGCUAUCGCUGAUGAAGACACAAUCCGGAAAUAUUGUCCCAAGGGCAUUGCCUCCAUAAGGUCAUACCUGCAGACCAUGACAUAUGUGAGUCGCCUGGAAGCACUGGGCCAUGCUACAAAUGAGAAGCAAUUCAACAGUAUUGACAAGAGUUUAUUAGUAGAGGGACUUUGGCGAUCACAACGGCAUAAUCCGAUGGCACUAACACUCCUCACUGACCUCUGCCAUGACUACAAGGUGACCACAGCAUCACUAUGGGGUGCAGUUCUUACUCAGCUCACAAAUUUUGUAAAGUUAGGUCAGAUGGAUAUUGCAGUACUGGAACGAGUGUUAAUCCAAGUGAAGACACUGCCACAUCUUUGGGUUGUUCCGGCUCUCACUACAGCAUGGAUCACUCUUAUCAACUAUCCUUUUACUAAAGCAAGUCACCCCAUUAGUGAAAACAGCUUGGCAUCAUGUUUACGUAGUGUGGACUUGCUCCUACGACACUGUCCUGUUAUUGUCCCUACUGCACCUCUGCUGAAGCACUGUGCCAACCUUCACCUACCCCUCCUGGCUCUGUCCAUUGCUGCAGCAGACCAAGUAGAGUCUCAUGACCUGCAGGCUUUAAUUGACAAAACUCCAAUUGCCACCCUUAAGAGUGACUACCAGAAACUGAAGUCCACAUUUGCAUUCCAGAGGAGUGUUGAGGAUGUGAUGGAAAGUCUUCAAUAGAACUGUCAACAAAUACACAGUGGUCCUAACAUGAUUCUUUCCAUUGAUCUGUAAAGGAAUAAUGGUUUUGUUUUGUACUUGCAAUAAAAAUCAUUAAAUCUAUAAAAUAAUUGAUAUAGAACCAAGGGUGUUUUCAGGAUGGCAAUAAUUACAUAGAUUUGUCCCGACUGGAUAAAGUAGUGGUUAUGGGGGGUCACCUACAGGUAAUGUUGUAUUUCUCACAAAACUCCAUGCAAGAAUGUCAUUUGUUUAGUCAUCUGGGUAAUGGUGUCAUAUUCCCAGUGUUUAUUAUUUGAUUUAUCUCUAUCCUGGACAAAGAUCCCUCAUGAUAUAUAUAUAUUGUAUUACUUCUCUUUCUCUCCUCCUGUAUAACACUAUUUGGCAGGAACUGGGUUAGUGGUGUUACAGCAUAUUCAGAGCUAAAUGUUAGUUGGUGAUAUUUUGGUCUGCCUAGUGCUUCUCCAGUCAUCAUAACCUGUUCAAGGAAGCUGCUCCUUACAUCUGACAUAUCCAUCAGUUAAGUGGUUUGUAGUCUUAACUUAAAUAACUUGAAAUUAUGACAUCUGGUAUUUUAUGUUUACUUGACUGUACUGGUCAAGUAGCAUUACAUAGGCAUACUUAUUAUAAUGAAAAUUGUUAGGAGAAAAUUUUUACUGAUAUAUUUUUUUUUUCUUUUUAAACAGUUCAAAAGUUUCACACACAAUCUUAAGUAUUUAGUUAUUUAUUUCAUAUUUGGGUGAAUAUUUAGACUACAAGUGUCUGUAAUUCCUACUUGCAUUAUUUGGUCUAAUAAACUUGUGUUCACUAAUGUUAUUUGACUUGCUUUAACACUUUUGAAGAACAUAGUUUGAUGUAUAGUAUAGUGAGAUAUACCUGUACAGUAUUAAGAUUUGUCAAGAGAAUUAUCAUUUUAAAAAUGACAAAACACAAUUUUUCCUCACACUGGAAAUUAGAAGGUUUAAUUAUGUCCAAAACAACAGAAAAACUCUAAAAAUCAAAAUGGAAAAAUUACAGGAGGCGAGUAAUUGGGGUUGCAAAAGGAACUUAAUUUUUCCACGAGUUAUUAGGACAAAUGAUGACUAAAAUAACCUUUACCCAGAUCCUUAAUUGUACUCUAUGUCAGACAAUGGUAUACAGUAGACCCUUGCCAUUCUCAGGUUUGUGAUUCACGAUUUCGAUAAUUUGCGGUUACUCGAUUUUUAUGAUACAGAAGUCUUUCCUUAACACAAUGUCUUCCAAAAAUAACAUGUAAUUCUCACUGAAUUUUGCAUCCGUGCCCAAACCUUUAUAUAUAACCGUCACAUCAGGUUAAAUCUCCAUAAACAAGUGUUAAACACGAUGAGAUUAUCCUUACUGUGAUGGACAAAACUAUUAUUUAUUAAUAUUUUGAACAGCGAGUCUUUGAAAAUUGUGGACACGAGGAACAGGGGAUUAAAGAGAUGACCGGCAAGCACUAGACAGGUCAGAAUAUCAUGAACUAAUACAAGCUAGUGAAUGUUUAAUAGAUACUCAAUAUCUAUGUAUGUAUUUGUCCAAUAUGUUGACUUUGUAAGAGGACGUAUUCUUCAAGUACUUUAUCGUAUUUUUAAAAACUAUUGUAUAAAAUAUUUUUUUUCUUGUCAUUACAAACUUCAUGAAGAC